ACUCACGGUGCCGCGGAACAGCGAAGCAAACGACCAGACGUAGGAGGAGAUGGCGGACGGAGAGCCAGGGCAUAAGCUGUCGCCGGCGGACUCCCGGGCGGUGACGCUGGCAUUCUUCCGCGCCCUAGGCGCCGACGCGCGCCUCCCGGCCUCGGCCGACCAGCCCGACGCCUACUCCGCUCUCGUCCGCGCAAUCCUCUCCUCUGUUGCCGUCUCCGCCUCCCCGACCCCGCGGAUCUCUUGCACCAUCACCGUCUCGCACGCCGUGACUAACACGUACAACACGCUCCACGGCGGCGCGGUGGCGGCCGUAGCCGAGGCCGUCGGGAUGGCGUGCGCGCGGGCAGCCGCCGGGGAUCGAGAGAUGUUCCUCGGCGAGCUUAGCAUCGCGUACCUCGCUGCAGCGCGAUGCGAUUCUGAAGUGGACGUUGAAGCGCAGAUACUGAGGAAGGGCAGAUCAGUCGUGGUUACCACAAUCGAUUUCAGACUUAAGGACACCAAAAAGCUCUGCUACACAUCUCGAGCCACCUUUUACAUCAUGCCCGUGGCAAGCCUAUAAGCCCAAGUUUUUAUAUGGACAAUUCCUUCUGUUUACAGGACCGGAGUUUGUGUUGUGUAUAUUUAACUUAGAAUACCAUAUAUCAGCAAUCUGUUGUAUUGAUAAUGAAGCAGAAGUCAUAUUGAUUGAGCCAUGAUGCCCACCACUGCAUCUGUCCCAG